AUGUCUGCCAUUGAUUUUUUCGCCGGAUGUCUUGGGGGUGCGGCUGGAGUUCUAGCCGGACAUCCACUGGAUACUGUCAAGGUCCGUCUACAAAUGCAAAAUCCUGCUUCAAAGAUGUAUCGCGGCACUUGGCAUUGCUUUACGAAAAUAAUCCAGAAGGAGGGUUUUGCUGGACUCUACAAAGGUCUCUCAUCUCCUCUUGCUUCUUUGACCGCUAUCAAUGCCGUUGUAUUUGGCGUACAUGGAUUUGUUUGCCGAGAGUUCACACAGCCUGAUUCAUUGAGGGCACAUUUUUUCGCAGGUUGUGCAGCAGGCAUGAUGCAGAGUGUAAUUGCCACUCCUUCGGAAAGGUUGAAACUACUUAUCCAGAUACAGACCGACAGUGCACGGUCAAGAUUCCAUUCCCCUCUGCAUGCAGCUCGGUCUCUCAUAGCCCGACAAGGGUUCGGCACCCUCACGAGAGGAUUCUGGGCAACCCUUCUCCGCGACUGUCCUGCGUUCGGCAUAUAUUUUGCCUCUUACGAGUGGAUGUCUCGAGGUAUGAGCAAAGAUGGCAAAAUGGAGUCGCUCACAGGACCUCAACUACUUCUUGCUGGUGGUGCUGCGGGCAUGCUUUCAUGGUUGUUUAACUAUCCUACAGAUGUCGUAAAAACACGAUUUCAAGCCAACGACAGCUAUAGAAGUUAUUUGCAUUGCAUACGAAGUACGUAUAGGGAAGGUGGAAUGCGGAUGUUCUUCACAGGUCUUGGAUCGACGUUGUUGCGAGCAUUCCCAUCCAAUGCUGCAACAUUCUUCACUGUCGAAUGGACCUACCGACUUCUGCUCGACUUUAGAAUAGUUGAGGUUGGCACUCCAACCGAGAAACGUCUUCAGCAACACAAACGCCACAUUUCUACUUCGGACUUCUGGCACCUGACAAGUAGCACUUAUCUGAUUCCGGAAGCUGGCUCUACGUCCAUUGAUCCUAUGCUACAUGGAUGUCGUUUUCUCUAA